AUGGCUUUCAUCAAGCUCACUCUCGCCGUCAUUCUUAUGUCUCUCGGUGCAGAAUCUCGCACCAUCACUAUUCUCAACAAGUGCAAAUUCACCAUCUGGCCUGGAAUUCUUGGCCCCGGAAAUCCAGCUGAAGGAGGUUUCAAGCUUAAUGCUGGAGAACCUAGAGAUAUUGAUGUUGAUGAUGGAUGGACUGCCGGAAGAAUUUGGGCAAGAACUGGAUGUAAUGAAAACUUUGACUGUGAUACCGGAUCAUGCGGAAACUCAGAGCAUGUAACGGAGCCGGAGGGGUUCCACCAGCAUCUCUUGCUGAAUUCACAUUGAAUGGUGAUGGUGGAAAGGAUUUCUACGAUGUAUCCCUUGUUGAUGGAUACAACCUCCCAGUUCUGAUUGACCCAAAUGAUGGAUCUGGAUGCGAUCGUGCUGGUGGAUGUGUCAAGGAUAUGAACGCUGAAUGUCCAGCUGAUCUUGCCGUUCAGGGAAGCAAUGGAAACACUGUCGCCUGCAAAUUUGGAUGCGUUGGGUACAAUACUGAUGAAGAAUGUUGUCGUGGGGUACGCAAUACUCCAGAAACCUGUGAUCGUUCUACGACCGCUCAGAAGUUCAAAGAUGCUUGCCCAACUGCUUACUCCUACGCCUAUGACGAUAAAUCUUCAACCUUCACUUGCCAAACAGGAGCUACCUACACUGUACAAUUCUGUUAG